CUCAAAUCCCUCUUCCUGAUGAACAGAGCAGACUCAGCGUUCUCCCUCCCUUUGAUUUACCAGUUCAUACUUUCUUCAUACCCACAAACAGGAGAAGGAGAAACCCAUUUCUCCCUUUAUCCAUUCAGCAGCUUCAUCAUUUUUAAGAAGAUGGGGAGAGCUCCUUGCUGCGAGAAGAUGGGCCUGAACAGAGGCCCGUGGACUCCCGAAGAGGACCAAAUCCUCAUCUCCUACAUUCGAAAACACGGCCACAGCAACUGGCGCGCCCUGCCUAAGCUCGCCGGCUUGUUGAGGUGUGGGAAGAGCUGCCGCCUCCGUUGGAUAAACUACCUGAAUCCGGACAUCAAGAGAGGCAAUUUCACUAGGGAAGAAGAGGAUGCGAUCAUCAACCUCCACGAAUCGCUCGGCAACCGGUGGUCGGCGAUUGCGGCGAAGCUGCCGGGGAGGACGGACAACGAGAUUAAGAAUGUGUGGCAUACCCAUUUGAAGAAGAGAUUGAGGAACAAGAAUAGUGAAGGAGGAAUUUCCUCUGUUUCGGAGAGGCAGGGUACCGGGGCUCUGUCUCCUCAACCGUCGAUCAGCGCCGGCGGUGAUGUUUCGUCCGUGACCGAAAACACGAUCUCCACAGCGGAGACGAGGAGUUAUGACGAAACGCCGUCGCCCUCGUCGGUGGAGCAGUUUCCGUUGAUCGACGAGAGCUUAUGGUCGGAGCCUGAGGCAGGGGAACUGAUGAAUUAUUCGCCGGAAGUUUCGGGGGAAUACUUGCAGUUUGAUGACCAAUUUGAUUCCUUGGACUUCUCCGUCAUUGAUCCUGUACAUGGGAUUCACGGUCCGAGUAUUGACGACGCCAUGGAUUUCUGGUAUGAUCUGUUUGUCCAAGCCGGGGGAGUUGAAGGGUUCCCGGAGUUGCAGGGGCAGUGAUGAUGAAAACAGAGUAAACUCGUUUUUUGAGCAAAGGCGGAUUCCAUAACGUAGAUUAAUCUUAACUUUCUGCCUCUGGGAUGCUAUACACAGUUUUGUAAAGUUGGAAGACGUUCAGGUUAGAUUCGGCAUGGUUGUUUCUUCUCUGACACAUGAACAAAUGAGAUUGUGACAGAUGAUGAACAAAAAAAUUGACAGACUUUUCGCCAUAUUUAUGCUGUUCUUCUGUUUAUUGUUGUGG